AUGUCGUACAAUGCAGAAGAGACCCCAGCAGUUUGUGAAAACUGCUUGGGGCCAAAUCCAUACGUGGAAAUGACCCGAGAACGAAACGGAGCAGAAUGUAAGCUAUGCACGCGCCCUUUCACUGUAUUUCGGUGGUCUGUGAAGAGGGGCGAACGACUUAAAAAGACACUAUGCUGUUUAACUUGUGCGAGAGCAAAGAAUUGUUGUCAGUCGUGCAUGUUGGAUCUGACGCUGGGAAUUGACUUGCGUACGAGAGAUCAGCUUUUGAAGCUGACAGAUCAAAGCCCUGCUCUGGAAUUGACUCCACAGAAUCAAAUGUCUAAAAUAUACGCCGCUACUCAACUUGAAAAAAAAUACAAGGCUGCUGGAGAUGAUGCAAUUGAAACGGUAGAACAGAAACGGGCAGACGCACGCAAAAUGAUAGAUUCGCUAUCCAAAGCUGUAGAUAAUAAAAAGAGGAAACAAGAGAGCGAGCAAGAUGAAGAGCAGGUCAGCAAAGAGGAGCUGAUCAAGCUUUGCAAACAUCUACCAUUCAAUGGCAAUCUAGAGACGCCUAAAAGCAGCAAGCUCAAGUCAUUUUUCCUAUUCGGAUUUGGCGAGAAGCUCGCUGAAUACCAGGUGCGAGACUUUUUCGAGGACAUCGUUGGAGAAAAGAAAGUGGAUGCUGUUAGUUUGAACCAUCGGGGCAAAUUCGGUUUUCUCGAGUUCUCCUCUAGACAGGCAGCCGAGAAGGCAGCACAAUAUCUCAGAGAUUCGCUCUCUCAUCCCAAAUUGGUGGUUAUUGCGGGAGAGCCGCUUCGAUUAUGUUGGGCUCGAAAAACUAUUACUCCUUCAUUCUCCACAACAGAAAUUGCACAGAUCCGCACCAUUGUGAGACGCCAAAUGAUCAAAUAUGCCCUCAAAGAAGAGAAGAAGAGCAGUGAAACCCAGGUGCAGAGCUCUACCACGAAAAGACCGAAGACAGAAACCACCACGUCCUCUAAAUACACGAGUCUUCGACCCGACCUGGAAGUCUAA